ACGAGAAGUGGAAAUGCAUUUGCCGCCAGUCGUGCUGGAUAAGCCGAAGAGCGCAGUCACAGAAAUAAGUUAGCGACAUAGAGAGCACGUUUCAACUCGAACGCCGUGAAAACAAAUCGGUUGUGUAGCUUGUACGAAGCGUAUAUGAAUCAGUUUGGUGCCAGACGUCGAGCGAGUUAGACGUAUAUUCCGGGUUGUUCCGGGGGAAAUCAAAGUUGCAUUUAUCCGUACGUCUUGUAGCGCUUUCCGCAUUACUUGUUGAUAUUCUUCCGAUAAAUUGAAUUUUCUCACAUCCAAUUUAAAUCAAGUGAAAAAUUUAGCAAGUGACUGAAAGACAACAAAUCAACGAUAUUUUCCAACAAAAAAUUGUAAAAAACUGAAUUUCUGUGCCAUAAAUGGUGAAAAGUAUUUCUGUGAACUUGAUGAUUGGACAAAAUCAGAAACUUGAUAAAUCUUCCGAAGACAAUCAUUUCAAGUGAUUUUGAGAACUAUAUAGAGGCUUGAGACUCGAUAAUGGCUAGAGUGGUAUUCAUCAGUAAUCCAGAUUGAGAGCCUGUGAAAUGACAAAGUGUAGACAUUGGAAAUUGAAAAGAGACUUGAGAAUGGCAAUUUGACCAUUGUGAUAACUAGUAAAUUUUUGUUAAUCAUCACAAAAUUGACACAGAAUCACAAAAAAAAAAGUUUUAACAUUCGCAAUAAAACACUUCUUUUUUGAGUUUGUGUGAUACACACUUAAGUUUUUCCUUUAAAAAAAAAACUCUCUUGAAAACAUUUCUAACACUUGAGUGACUUUACGAAAAUGGCACGUCCGUUCUACGUUCCCGAAGACGAUCAGGAGCAACAAGGCUCAUCGCAACCUCCAAGUGGCUCAUCAUCAGCCACUCAGUCUCCACUGCAGAGUCCCUUGAUGGUCAACAAUGAGCACCUGGUUCAGGCAUUCUGUGAGGCCCUAUAUCGCAUUGGAGGAGGAACUCCAGCAUUUCCGUUGCCACCACCAAGUCCCUCCUGCAGUCCACAUGCAACUGCCCACACUACUCCUGGCCACUAUGGCGAGAUUUUCUUCCCGAGAUCCAUAUCUACACCGAGAACACCCAGAACUUACACCCAUCAGCCCCUCGAGGAAGUACAUCGUAUUCCAUCGCACUCCAUCGAACAGCAACGAUUGCCAAUUAGACGAAUUCGAUUGACGUCAACUGGUGAGGAUGAAGAUGAUUGUCCAAGUGAUCACGAUAGCAGCUUGGAUGAUUUCCAGGAGCACUUUCAUCACCUGGAAGCCCGUGAGAGACUCACGGAAUUUCCAGGGCGUGUUCCAGAGCGCAAAAAAGGCAAAUCACUCCCACCUCCUCCUGCCACUGAGACAGAGACACCAAAAGACAAGCCAAAGGAGCAGUGCUUCAAUUGGUCGCUGGUGACUGCCCUCUUUAUUGUGGUCGGAUGCGGGAUAUUCGCUUCGCGGUGAAUUUUCCGUGCAAUGAAAAUUCCGUGCAAAGACAGAGAUUAAGCACACAAAGACACAAAAAUUAAAAAAAAAUCAACGAUACAAUUUUUCGAUGGAGACCAAUUUUUUGUUUGAAAAUUUUGCUGAAUUCAUUUUCUCAACACUGCCAUUGACAUGGAACUUGGAGAGAGUAUAAGAUUGGUAAAUUUGGCGCAAAUAAAAAAAAACUUUCAAGCAGAAGAUUUUUGAUAAGAAUGGCAAAAAUUGCAUAUACAUAUUUGGAUAACACACUUCUUAAAAUAUUGUAAUAACUUUUUUAUAGAUAUUUCGUAAAAGAUGGUGAAGAUGGAAAAAAAUAUAUUUUGUAAGUAAAAUAUUUGAUUGAAGGCAAAUGAAAAUUAAAGUAAAAUAAUAUUUGAAUAUUAGAGGAUAAUUUUUUUUCGUGAGGAUUAAAUUUGAUAAUAUCCUCAGCGAUACUAUUUUAUACUCUAAAUGUAAUUAUAAAUAAAAUCAAUGUUGUUUUAUAAAUAAAUGAUGAAAAAAUGUGUGGAGAUAAUUUUUUUUCAAUGUAGCGUGUAGGACAAAAAUGUGAAUGUAGCUUUUAAGGAUUAAUUGUAACCCAAAGCGAUUGUGAUUUAAAAGAAAACUACGUCAUUUAAAAGGACGUAGAAAAAAAUCAUUGAAAAGUAAAACAGUUUAAUACAUUACCCCAAAAUGAAAGUAAAAUUCCCAUUUUACAUUUCCAGGAUGAUUUUUUUUACUGAAGCAUGAGUUAAUGUUUUUUUUCUCAUUAUUUAUUUCCAAAAACAAAAUACAGCACCAUUUAAAUUGUCUAGAGAACAGCGUAUAAUUUAAUUAAGUUAAAUUGCAGCUAAUUCGUUUAAAUGAAAAAAAUACUUUCUGAGAAAGAGACAAAUUUUAGAAGACACGAACAAAUCAAUUUAUGUUUGAUGUUUAUCACAUUAAUUUUGUUUUAACUCAAGCAUCAAUUUAAGAGCAUCAUUCUCAUUUAUUUCACCAAUUCCUGUCUUCGUUAAUUUUUUUUGUUUAUUUCUACAUAGCAACAGAAAAAGCUCAUUAAAGCGCAUUGUGAUUGAAAAAAAAGGAACAAGAAAAAAAUCCAAGUGAGAAAAAAACGAUAAUUGAGAACAAAACGACUGAUUUACUGAAAUGAUACUGUCACGUUGUGGAUCUCUCAAAUUUACAUUGUAGUUCUAACCAUUUUCGGAGACUUGUCCCAUUGCAGGAAAUUUAUUCCACAAUGUCCAUUGGAUGCAUUUGAAAAUAUAAAAAAAAAUAAAACUUUUGACGUGAUAGAAUUUGUAACAGUUUAACUGCAUUUUUUUCUGUCGCAGACAAACAAAGAUAAUAUAGAUUUCUUCGAAGAUAUUGAAGCAAAAAAGAUUAACAAUUUUUAAAAGGAAGAGUAAAUUAGAGGAUACAAAUGGCCAAAAAAAUAGAUACUUGAGAGCCCCAAAGAAUUACAAUAUUACGAUUGUGUUAUUGAAGAUGAAAAGUGAAUAAAAACAAGGCAAAAAUUGAACAAACUUUGAUCUCAUAUAAACAUUAUUUUUUUUAAUAUUUCAUUCUAGUGAAAAUGGAUUGUAUAGCAAUUUAAAGAAAAGAUGAAAAACAAUUCUUAAACAAAACAAUUUUAUUGCGAAUAUAAAUGACGAAAGGUUUUUAAUGAAAAUUAUUAAGUAAAUUUAUAGUAGAGAUUAGAAAGAGUGGUAUUGAAGUAAUAAUAAUGAGCUGCAUUGUGAUCAUAAAACAGAUGAUUGAGCUAUUUUGGGAAGGGAAUAUGUGGUAAGAAUGAGACUUGUACUAAAACCAAGAAAACAAACUUACAAAAAAGACAUUUAGUGAUGAAAAAUUAAAAUUUACCAAGUACAAAACUUCAAAAACAACAAAAAAUCAUGGUUUUCAUAACAGUCCAAUUUAAAAAAUCUUUUCUUCCACUUUGGUACAAGUCUCCUUCUUGCUGCAAGGAGAAUGAUUUUUGAAGGUGUGCUAAAAGAAUCAAUUAUUUCGUAGAGCUUCAUGCAAUCAUUCAAAUUAUUCUAUCAAAAAAAAAUGUCCUGGUUAAGCAAUAUUGAAUUUCAACGAAGCAUUCAAAUUUAUUUCCAGUGUACACUGCUAAAAACCCAACGAUACUUUCAACAAAGCAUUUUGUAAAUUCUCAGGAUUACAACACAAGAUUCCAUUGCCACACUCGAGCGCAACAUACAUUUCUUUUUCUUAAUUUAAAACAAAAAAAAACAAACAGCAAGAGCAAGGAGAUUAAUAUGGUACACUGUAAGUAAAAAAAAAGCAAUCGAAUGUGUAAUUGAAAAAUUUCCUUUUUGGGCUGUCAAUUUAAUAAAAAGUAACAGCAACAGAAAAAAUACAAAUUAAUACGAAAUCAUCGAUAUCGCAAUGUAUAUUCUUUGUAAAAUUUAGUAAUAACUUACUGCAUCAUUCUCUUAUCAAUUUUUAGAAUAAAAUGUACAUUUUUUCGGCUUAUGAACUAUAAUCAAUUCGAAUUACCCUGACUGGUACUAGUGAACUGCUGACGUAAUGUCUUGCAAUUGAAAAAUCAAUUUUGAUAUGGUAAAAAGUACUAAUCCACAUAAAAAAAAAGAAAUUCUAAAAAGAAACGUCAGCAAUGAUUAUAGUUUGUACAGUUCUUCAGAGUUUUCGAAUGAUCUCUUUUGUAUUUACGGUCCAAAGCAUGAUGUCAUAUGGAUUUUUAACAAAUUUUUCGGAUGAAAAAUUCAUGCUAUAAAAUGCUAUAAAAAAAUAUCCUCCAUAUGACAUCAUCGAAAAUUGGCUAGCAAUUGGACCGAUCUUUCUUGUAAAUAAUACACGUAGACAGUUAGUUAAUGUUUUGAUCCAUAUAAUGAAAUUAAAUUUCGCAGUUUUAUUUUUAAACUAAUUGUGUAUUAAUAAGGAAUUCCUUUUUUUGGAAUAAAUAGUUUUUCCCAACAUUAACUGCAUACCAUAAAUGUACUCUAAAUGGCAUUUAAUAUAUUUUUAUUUUUCAUAAACCUACAUUUUUUUUUUAUUAUUUCCAUCUCUAAUUUCCAAAAAUCAUCAUAAUUUCACUGUUUAACAGCUCAUUCAGCCAUUUGGUUAACUGAAAUAGUCCCCCCUUGUCCGUUAUAGCAAACUUUAAAUUUUUUAAAUUUUGCUUGAAUUAACGAAAGAAUAAUGAAACGGUUUCAUUGUAUGCAACAAAUCGUUGUUAUACUUAACUAUAAAAAAAACGAAACAUUUAAUUUUGCAUUUUGAUCUUUUGAUUUCAAUAAAUCGUACAAAGAUGUUGACUUUGUCGUAUUUGCCAAAUACGACAGAAAGUCAACAAUUGCACAUCAAAGGGCUGAUGAGAAAGUACAAGAUAACAAUAUUUAAGGAAAAUGUGACAAAAGAUGAAUAUUUAAUAGUGGAAAAUUGCGUAUUUAAAAUAGUCUCAUGAGAUGUUGACAAUUUGCCAGUGAUUGCGACGUAGCCAUCAUGACAAUUUUCCGUCUCAACAUAAAGUAAAUUAUCUCUACACUAAAUAGUAAUUUAUUUCUAAAAGAAAAUAUUCUGUGAAUGUCUUUGUCUAUAGCUACCCAUGUCGUUGGAAAUUUACAAACCAUUUUACAACAAAAAAAAUGACCAGUUUUUAGCCACUUUUGAUAAACAAAUUCAACAAAUUUUGACCGUUUGUGAUUAUUGCAGCACAAAAAAUCUUUGUAGCAUGUAGGAGAUAAAUAUUGUAAAUUUCCAACACAAACCGCUUGAACUUUUGAACAAAAAAAAAACAAAUUAACUUCUUGCUAUAAAUAUCUUGAGAUGAGAAACCAUUAAAAAACAAAAUCAAAACCAUUUUAGAGUAUUUGGAGAGCUUUCCUACAUAAUUUAUUAGGAAACUGAGUACAUUUGUAUUAAAUACUUUUUAACAUACAUAGAUGUCCAAAAGUAAAUUGAAUCGAAAUUAAAUUUUAAGAAAACAAAAGAAAAAAACAGACAACAAACUCUAAUAUAAUUGUAGUUAAAGUAAGGGAAAUGACAUUUCUACGUAGAAUAUCGUAUCUCAACAUAAAAGUAUAAACGAAAGAAAAACAGAAAAAAAUCGAGUAAAACAAUUAGACAUAGCCAAGUAAACUUGCGAAAAUAAGCCAUAAGUUUAAUUAGGUUAAACCUAGUCUUAAUUGCCCUUCAGAGCGGGUCUGUGAUUCAUUGAUCUCAUUUUCUUACCAAUUUUUAAUUUGUUUAUUUUUUUUAUUGUAAUAAAUCAAUAUCAUGAGAAAAAUACAGAAAUUACUCUGUUAAAUUGACAAAAUAUUUUUUGCCGUGUAUUUGGAUUUUCUCAGUUAAUUAUUUUGGCGGGAAAAAAACGAGUGCUUCUAAACUAAUUAAAAUUUCGUGGACCAAAAUCGGCAAAAUUCAUCCAAAAUUGCAUUCAUUUCAUUGCAAAGAAAAAAAACCAUCGUGCAAAUAUAUUCAUUGAUCAUUUUUAUCAGCUAUCAUUCAUAAAUAGUAAAGUGAAUUAAGUGAAAUAAUUGACAUUUUGUUGUAUUUUUCCAAUAGAUCACAUUUUCUUACAGAAAAAAAAUUAUUGUUUGGUAAAACCAUUGUACAUAAAUUGCCACUUGAAACCACCAAUAGAAUAGAUCACAUUUUCUAAAUAAAUUUAAAAAAAAACGAAGAAAAAAAUUAAAACCAACAAGAAUUGUUCCUAAUUAAACUAUUGCGAAAAAGUAAUAAAAUUGAAAUGUACUUUGAUAAUCAACAAUAGUUUUGAAAAAAAAAACAAUGUAAGAUAAUGUGACACAAAUUUUCUCAACUUUUCAUUCAACUUUCAAACAAAGAAAAUGAUCGAAAAGCGGUGAAAAGCCACAAAAUGUUGAUAAAAUCAAUUAAUAUUUAUAAAUAUAAUUCAAAAUAUAUCUAUAAAUGUUAAGCAAUUAUCAAUUUAAUAUAUUUUUAAAUAAUGAUUUUAUUUGUUUAGUUUAAAUACUCUUCUAUGUUUCUGUUAUACUAAAAAAAGAACGCCCAUGCGAGAAAAUUCUUACAAAAAAAAAAUUUGGUAAACUGUAUAAAAAAAACAAUGAAUUUGACUAAAAAAGAGAGUAAGAUGAAAAAUGACACAAUUUAUAUACGACCCAAUUGGACAUUCAAUUAUAUUAUUACAUUUUUAUAAUGAAGAAGAAAAAAGAAAAAAAAUAGUUUAUAUUUGAAAAGAAAUCGACAAAGUGUAUAUAUACUUUUUAUAAUGAAUAAAGAAAAAUCAUAAUGCGACAUAAUAAAAAGAAAAUACAUUUUAAGGAAUAUUUUGCAUUUGAAAAAAAAACAUGAUGAAAUAAAAUACAAAUCAUAUAAAUUGAUUCAGAAAACUGCUUAUAAUUACUAUAAUGGCUCUUUUUUUAAAGAAAUGAAAUAAAUGUUAAAUCCAAGAGAAAA